AUGAUGAGAGUGACGAAGACGAGGCCAAAGACGAUACUGGUUCCGACGGGAAAAUGGUGCGGCACCAAGAAAUGCACCGUUAAACAGACGCGUAAACAGAAAUACACCGUAGUAACCAACCAGCUGAUGUGCUGUAAAGGCUACGUCUACACCAGCGGCACCGAUUCCUGCGCACCGGUCUGCAGUACCGGCUGCGCCAACGGCACCUGUGUAGACCCCGAUGUAUGCCAGUGCGCAGCGCCACGCUACCUCGACCCUAAUACUAGAAACAAAUGCCUACUACCCACAUGCGAUCAUGUCUGUGUAAAUGGCUUCUGCUCUGUGAAUAAUACUUGUGUGUGUAAUGAAAACUAUACUUCUUUUAACGCAACGCAUUGCGCGCUGAACUGUGCAGAAGGAUUUGAGAUGGACUCUUCUUUAAAUUGUGUUCGGAAGUGCGAUGCGCCUUUAUACCGCCAUAAAGACAAAUGCCUAACACUUACAUGCGAUCAUCCAUGUGUGAAUGGAUUUUGCUCAGUGAAUAACACUUGUGUGUGUAAAGAUGGUUUUAUAGCUUUUAACGCAACACAUUGUGCGGUUAACUGUACAGACUCUUUAAAUUGUGCUUCUAAAUCUACACUUGACAGUGUGUGUGACCAUGGAUAUAAACUUAAUAAAGGUAAAUGUGAACCAGUGUGCGAACCUCCCUGUGUCAACGGACGGUGUGUAGAACCGAAUGUGUGCGAGUGUGAUAAAACACUUGUAAAGAAGAAUGGUAGAGUGUGUCAAGAGAAAAAAUAUGGGUGCGGAGAGUGCAGAGCUGAUGGGACUUGCUUGAUGGCGACCAAGUAAGU